AUGGAAUUCAAUAACAUAGAGGAAUCAAAUGGGGUAAUAACAGAAGAGAAAGAGAACGGAAACGAAGUCGAUGAGAUUGAACAAAGCAAAGUGCGUCUCAUGAGAGCCUUUGUUGGAAGAGAAGAUCCAUCUGUCAAGGAAGUGGAUGAUUUGAUGAUCCGGAGAUUUUUGCGUGCCCGAGAACUAGACAUUGAGAAGGCGUCGACGUUAUUCCUAAAGUACCUAAGUUGGAGGCGAUCUUUUAUCCCUAAUGGCUUCAUAUCUCCAUCAGAGAUCCCAAAUGAACUUGCUCAAAACAAGUUGUUUAUGCAAGGCGUUGAUAGGCAGAACCGACCCAUAGUGGUGGUUUUCGGUGCUAGACAUAAGCCUUACAAAGGAAGUUUAGAGGAUUUCAAGCGUUUUGUUGCCUACACACUCGAGAGAAUAUGUGCCAGAAUGCCAGCUGGACAGGAAAAGUUUGUGUCCAUUGCAGAUCUUGAAGGGUGGGGAUACUCCAAUAGUGACAUUCGUGGAUAUCUAGCAGCAUUAUCAAUAUUGCAGGAUUGCUACCCCGAGAGGUUAGGCAAAUUGUUCAUAGUUCAUGUGCCCUACGUAUUUAUGACUGCAUGGAAGGUUGUUUACCCCUUUAUUGACAGCAAAACCAAAAAGAAGAUAAUUUUUGUCGAGAACAAAAAACUGAAAUCCACUCUGCUUGGAGAUAUUGAAGAAAGCCAGCUCCCAGAUGUAUACGGAGGCAAACUGUCAUUAGUUCCUAUCCAAGACGACUAA